UCCAAUCGAUUGGAUGACUGAAAUUGAUUGGAUCGAAUCGGAUAGUAAAAUCUGACAUCCAAUAUAUGAUUGGAUCGGAUCUGGAUAGGCAUAAAAAUAUUGGAUGUGAUUCAAUAAACACCCGUGCAUAGGAUUAGAUUUUGUAUGGAGAAGGUAUCCUUUCAUCUUUCCUCUCCCUCCUUCUUCCUACCAAACAAAUGAUUUCUCUCUAUCCUUCAACUUUUCCUUCCAUCCCAAAAUAUUUCCUACCAAACAUACUCGACAAAACCAAAAAUCAAAUCCUCGCUCCCUUUUUUUUUGGGGGGAUUACCCUAACUCACUCCAUUUCAUCUUCUCUCUACUCUCUCUGAGCUCAAUCGAGUCACUCUAACUCACCACCACGGUCACCGUCUUCUUCUCAGGCCCUCACACCGCCGGUGCCGACCCUAAUUGCUUCCCCCACCACCGGAACCACCUCCUACGCUCUCUCUCUCUCACGCAGUUCGAUUUGAGAAGGACCCACUAAAAAAAAUGGCAGAAGGAGAGGAAGAUUUGCCCAGGGAUGCAAAGAUUGUGAAAUCGCUCUUGAAAUCAAUGGGCGUGGAGGACUAUGAACCUCGUGUUAUUCACCAAUUCUUGGAGCUUUGGUAUCGCUAUGUUGUUGAUGUUCUAACCGAUUCACAGGUUUACUCGGAGCAUGCGGGCAAAGGUGCAAUCGACUCUGACGAUGUCAAGCUUGCCAUUCAAUCCAAAGUCAACUUCAGCUUCUCACAACCUCCUCCAAGGGAGGUCCUACUGGAGCUUGCUAGAAACCGAAACAAGGUUCCAUUGCCAAGGUCUAUUGCAGGGCCUGCUAGUGUUCCACUCCCUCCCGAACAAGACACAUUGAUCAGCCCCAAUUACCAGCUGGCACUCCCGAGGAGACAAUCUGCUCAGGCAGCUGAAGAAAUAGAGGAAGAUGACGAAGCUAUUGAUCCUGCCGCGGUGACAACGACACCUUCCCAACAAGAACAGAAGACAACAGAUGUGCCGCCGCAGUCACAGAGGGUGUCCUUUCCCCUCAAACGUACCAAGUGAACUUUAGUCUAUGAGAAGUACUUGUGAAUAGAAUUACCACCAAGUGAUGAUUUGUAUGAUUAUUUUUAAUGCAGAAGUAUUGGUUCUAAAAGUGGUCACAGGCAUAGCUAUAGUGGUUCCACCUUUCUCCUCAAACAGAAAAGGUCUUAAAUUCAAACCCCUCCUCUCCUAGUAUCAAAAAAAGUAUUGAUUCUAAGAAAAAAAUGCUAACUACUACCACUGAUUCAGGUUAUCACAAUUAUUGGAAGAGUAAUGAUAUGUGCCACAAAUUUAUUCAUAGAAAUAUUAAGACACAGCUUAAGCUAAAUACAGAUAUUCUAAAAAACAAAAUAGAGAUUUAAUUUUGCACUGCA